AUGUGGGCCCUGCUGCAGGAAGAAGAGGAAGUUUUCACUGCAGCCUAUGGACAAGGUGGCCUAUCCGAUUACUGCAGUGAAACUGUUCAGUAUUCAGAUGCCAUAGUUUCUCCAAACCUAAAGACAACUAAGAUCCUGCGAGUUCCUCCAGCAGUUUCAAUGUCUGAAUGUAUAUCAGCAUGUUGUGAUUUUCCUGGCUGUGACUUGGCAUGGAUGUUUGAGGGCCGUUGUUAUAUUAUAAACUGCCAGAACAGGAAUGAGUGUGAACCAAAGAAGACCAACGCUGUGGAAUCUUAUUUAACCUUUGUGCAAAGGUCACCAGUUAAGAAAUCAAGCUUACAAGAAGCCCAUUAUAAAGGCAGAGGGCAUUCCAUAGGGAAGCAGAGAGAGUUGGUGUCAACUGAGGGGAACGGUAACCUGCAAGGCUUGUAUGGCGAAGGCCUGAGUCUUGAUGGUUCUAUAACGGAGGACUCCAUGAUGGAUUACAAAGAAAUACCUGCGACUGUUGGGAAUGCAGAAGAUUCCAGCAAGGAUCAAGAGCAGAUGCGUGGCACACAGGACUGGCCUCUGUGGGACUCCAAAUAUGAUCUCGAUAUGUCUUCAGUGAAGGUUAGUGGAGUCAGUGAUGAGGAGGAGGAUAAGUCUGCUGGAAUUCAAAAUGGAGCCCCUUCCGAUGCGGGCUUUGCUGUUAACGAAUCUCAGGAAGUAUGGAGUGAUGAAACAAAGCAAGACGCAAAUAAUAUGCUGAAGUUUGUCCCUUUGGAGACAGUGGGAAAUCUACUGCAGAAUUCAAAUGAAAACAGCACCAGUGUUCAAGAGGAGCACGUAUUUCCCUCAAAUUCAUCAUUUGCUGAAACAACGUCUGCAAUAUUGAGCCCAGAAACCAGCAAUUUUGCAUUUGAACACCAAGAGAAGCCAGGAGAAGGCAUCCAGAUUGUAACUCCCAGUAGUGAGAGUUCACUUGCUGCAUGGCCCACUGCCACAGAAGCAUCAUCAAUGUCUUCAAUCACUAAGCAACGAGUGAAGGAACUCGUUGUAUCGGCUGGGAGUAACAUAGUGAUCACUCAACCUAAAAAUUCUGUGGAGCUAAAUACUUUUGUGGUCCCCGCACCAUCUGAAGAAUCACCUUACAGUUAUCAAUGGAAUUUAGUGAGCCAUCCUGUGGACUUUGAAGGUGUAAUGGAAGGCAAAGACUCCCCGACACUGAAGCUAUCUCAGUUGUCAGAUGGCCUAUACGUUUUCAGAGUCUGUGUAUCUGGAGAUGGUGCUUACGGAGAAAGCUUUAUCAACGUCACAGUGAAGCCUGCUCCUCGUGUUAAUCAACCUCCAGUAGCCAUCGCCUCUCCAUGGGUACAAGAAGUUUCCCUGCCUACAACCUCAACAUUUAUUGAUGGCAGCCAAAGUACUGAUGAUGACAGGAUCAUAAACUAUCGCUGGGAGGAGAUUAAGGGUCCCCUGCGAGUGCAGAAGGCAUCAGCCAACACUGCCAUCCUCCAUUUGUCCAACCUAGUGACUGGUAACUACACCUUUAGACUCUCAGUACUUGACUCAGAUGGGGCUGAGAACUCGACAACUGCCAUGGUGAUUGUCAGCAGACCGGUGGAUUAUCCACCCAUAGCAAAUGCUGGUCCAAAUCAGGCAAUAACCCUGCCCUGUAAUAGCAUCACUCUGAAUGGAAACCAGAGCAACGAUGAUUAUCAGAUUGUAAACUACGAGUGGUCACUCAGUCCGAACAGCAAGGGCAAGGUGGUUGCAAUGCAGGGUGUGCGGACACCUCACCUCCAGUUGUCAGCAAUGCAGGAAGGGGAUUACACAUUCCAACUGACCGUAACAGACUCCGCUGGGCAGCAGUCCUCAACUGAGGUUACAGUCAUUGUACAGCCUGAGAAAAACAGCCCCCCAGUAGCUGUUGUGGGCCCUGACAAAGAAUUAAUUAGCCCAGUAGAAAGUACUACUUUGGAUGGAGAAGCAAGUACUGAUGACCAGGGUAUUACCUCAUAUCACUGGGAGAAGAUCAGUGGUCCUGAUGUAAAAGUUGAGGAUAAUGACAAGGCUGUGGCCACAGUGAUGGGGCUUCAUGUUGGGACAUACCAAUUCAGGUUGACUGUCACUGACCAACAAGGUCUAAGCAGCUCAAAGACAGUGGCAGUCACCAUCAAAGAAGAAACCAAUAAUCGUCCGGUAGCCAGCGCUGGAGGUAACCAUUUUCUGGUCUUGCCCAAUAACUCCAUCACCCUUGAUGGCUCCAACUCCACUGAUGACCAAGGCAUUGUAUCUUACCUUUGGAUGAGAGAUGGGCAGAGUCCUGCUGCAGGUGAAGUAAUGCAUCGUUCAGACCAUGAAGCAAAACUGCAGCUAACCAACCUUGUGGAAGGGAAGUAUAUUUUUCACUUGAAAGUCACUGAUAUGAAUGGGGAAUCGGACACAGACAGCACCACUGUUGAAGUGCAACCUGAUCCUAGGAAGAAUGACCUGGUGGAACUGGUACUACAGGUCAGUGUGAGCAGUCUGACUGAGCAGCAGAAGGACACCCUGGUGCGACAGCUGGCUGUGCUGUUGGGGCUGCUUGAUACAGACAUUAAUGUACAGAAGAUUCAGGCACAUUCUGAUUCCAGUACAGUAUUGACGUUCUAUGUCCAAGGUGGGCAGCCAUACAGGAUAUAUAAAGGGGUGGAUGUAGCGAGGAGUUUGCAGAAACAGCUCAUGAGAGAGAAAGUGGACUUCCUGCUUUUCAAAACCUUAAGGAUAGAUACAGUUGUCUGCUUUCUGAAGUGCUCAGGCCAUGGGCACUGUGAUCCAUUCACUAAGCGUUGCGUCUGCUACCCGUUCUGGAUGGAGAAUCUGAUACAGCGUUACUUCGAUGAUGGAGAAAGCAAUUGUGAUUGGAGUGUAUUGUAUGUGAUUUUAUCAGUGUUUCUAACAAUCAUCAUCAUUGGAGGAAUAUGCUGGAUUUGUAUCUGUUGCUGUAAGAGAAAGCGAACUAAAGUAAGGAAGAAAAACAAAUACACCAUCUUGGACAAUAUGGAUGAUCAGGAACGAAUGGCAUUGAGGCCGAAAUAUGGUGUGAAACACAAAAGCACAGAACAUAACUCGAGUUUAAUGGUAUCUGAAUCGGAAUUCGACAGCGAUCAGAACACACUCUUUAGCAGAGAAACCGUCGAGGAGAACCAUAAAGUUGGUAUGAAUGGCUCACUUAAGAAUGGAGUCUCCUUCAAUUAUCAUCCCCAAAACAGAUAAAUUUGCUGAGUAAGAGAAUGUGGCCGACUUGUGAUGCACUUAUAUUGCAGUGCAAAACUGGGUACAAUCACCCACUUGGGAUUAUUAGUAGACAUUUUAAAAUGUUUUUUUUACAAUGUUGGUGUACUCUGGAAGAGACUUUUCCAGAAGCUACUGAAGGAGCCCUUUUUACAGCUCUUGAUUGUUCAUCUUGAAUGCUGACACCUUUACAGCAGAAAGGUUUGUCAGGAACUGGUCCUAUUGAGGUACUUUGUAAUUUCAGCUUCCUAUACAUUUAUGAUUCUAGGAAUUUCCAUUAAGUCUGCAUUAACACAAAGCGUGUGCAAAUGUAAGAUAAGAGGGCAGCUUCAUCAGUAAGAAAGGACAUGGGAAUUGUUUUCCUGAAACAAUUUCUCUUUUCACAUGAAAAUCCAAUUUGGUAAUAGACAAGGUCUUAGAAUAUAUGAAUGUUGAGUUUGAAAAGAAAUCCUGAUGCUAAUAUUAAAAAGGUUGCACAACUAAAUGGUUAAUUCACACACUGAAAGAAAUGGAUCUAGAUAUUACAGUUGUUCUUAUGCCAAUGUAAAAGCAUUCAGUUCAUAUCUGUCUUUGUGCUGCAGUGCAGCAAUAUGGCUACUUGUACAAGCUGUGCAAAACAUCUUUCUGUUUACAUUCAUUGAAUUCUAUAACUAAGAAUAAAUAAAGUUGUAGGUAGAAUUAGUAAUGCAAAUGGAGACCUGCCUUUUGCUGUUACUCAAUGAAAAAUAGAGAUUGGAGCAAUUAAUUAAUAAGCAAUUAAAAAUUAUGUCCUUCACUUCAGAGUUCAAAUAAUUUUCCCUGUUGAGUUACUGUCCAUAAUCUAUUGAAAGAUUUAAGCAUCAUGUGCAUUUCCUGGAAGUGUCACACUUUUUCAACUGAACCAAUUAAAUACUAAAGUAUAGUCACUUGUAGUGUAUGGAGACUAGGCAGCCAAUCUGUGAACAACAAUGAAACGAAUGAACAGAGUUUGGUGAUGUGGGUUCAGGGAUAAAUAUUAGCUAGGACAUUGGGAGAAGUCCCCUGCUCUUCAAAUAGAACCACAGGAUCUUAUGUGUGUAAAAAAUGGAACUUUAAAAAUCUAAGCAAUAAAGCAUUUGCUGAUGAAAGAUAACACUUUUUAAGACUGGCUAUUUUGGAUUGACAGCAAAUGAACUGUUGGCCUCUAUAAUUUUACAUCUACGAUUGAGAAGGGAUAUGUUUUCCAGUCAUAUAUUUCGGGCAUUGGAUCAGAAUGUUGUGUUGAGCACUCUAUGAAAGAUGUAAACGUUUUUUUGUUUGAACCUUCUUUGAUCUUCUGGACAAGGGUGUUACUGUGGAAGACUGCAUGGGGCUGGUAUUAUCCUAUUAUAGGCGUAUCUUGUUUGUAGUACUUGGUAACUUCAUGUAUAUCUGGAUGUGCAUUAUUUAAUGACUUGUAUUAUUAGCCCUUCUCUCAGUAUGAACAUUUGUGUCUAGUUAUUUUUGCUCACCAUUUUGUUACUUACACUAGUUUGUCUGAUUGUUAUGUCUUUACUGACAUCAUACCAUCACCUGUACUUGUUUGAUUGAGGGUAAUUAAUGAAAUAUUAGCUGUUUGAUCAGGAAAGAAAACCUGAACCAACCUACCAACCACGCCACUUACAAGAGGCUCAUCUGAAAUGAUUCUAAACUUGAGAAACUGCUUGUAUUUGGUGUCAGGUCCAUUAUUUCUUCUGCUGCUCCUCAAAACAUGGAUUUGCUAUUUUGAUUUAUCACAAGCAUCAGAUAAAGGAAAUAUUAGAAAUGGCUGAUUAGGAUGCUUUGCUUCCUGAUUACAUUGAAACCUAUCAAAAUUGUCACCAAUGCAUUUUUGUUAGACUCCUAAUAUCUGUUCUAAACAUUAAAACUGAAGACACUAUCUUCAGUCCCCAACACAAACUCCAUACUCUCACCGUUGACCCUAUGUCUUUCCCAGUCACUGCCUCAUGCUAAACCACGCUGAGCUUCCCAUCCCAAACCACCUCUGUCUCAAAGACUCCCUACUUACACCUCCCAAAUGCUUUCCUGCUGACCUCCUACCAUCCUUAGGCUUCAGUUCAUCCAAAAUUCUGCUAUCCAUGUCUUGUACCACAUUGAGAUGCUUCCCCAUCACUCCCUUGCUAAUCUGCAUUAGUUUCCAGUCUCUGGAAUAUGCUGGUAUAUGCCUACCUCUGCCCCCACCCCAGGGAUUUGUUGCUGAUACAUGAGAUUGGACUGGCGGUAUUUCUAGCAAUGCUUCAUUUAUGAGGAUGGUUGCAUGGGUGGUUUCAGUUAUGUGGAUAGAUUAGAGAGGGGAAUUGAUAGAGGCAUUGAAAAUGACAAGGGGUCUGGGAAGAGUACAUAGAGAUAAACUGUUUCCAUUGAUGGAAGGGUUGAGAACCAGAGUACACAGAUUUGAAGUGUUUGGUAAAAGGACCAAAGGCAACGUGCACACAUUUUUUAAUGUGGUGAGUAGUUAGUAUUUGGAAUGCACUGUCAGUGUGGUGGAGACAAAUUCAAUCAUGGCUUUCAAAAUGGAAUUGGAUAAUUACCUGGAGAAGAUUUGCAGGGCUACAGGGAAAAGGGGAAUUGGACUAGCGGAGUUGCUGUUGCCGUUCUUCUAGCAUGUUGGGAUUGAAGUGCAACACUAUCUUUCUAACCAGGCUAUCUUUUCACUAUUGUGGAAAAUGUUUUGAGUAGAGGUGAAACGCAUUUUAAGUCUAUAAUCCUAAGCUGAGUUGCUCUUAGGUAGCCAGCACAGCCAUAAAGGGCCAGAUGGCCUCCUGCGUUGUAAUCAUUCUAUGAAUAUGUGAUUCUCCCAUUACACUGCUCAUCUGCAUUUAGUGGAUAUGGCUGAAAUGGGGCCCAUCAACCUUCACUACCCUUCCCCACUCAACACCUGAGUGCCCCCCAGAAUUCCAAAAGGACAUGUAGAUUUGCUGAAGAGGUUUGUUUUUCUGCCACAAAACCUGACAUUUCUCUUUGCAUUGUUCUAGCCACAAUAAUUCACAAAAUUACCUUUAUGCUCCUGUUUUUGCUUUGUGUUAAAACAAUUAGACACACUCAUUUCCUGAAGGAAAAUACACUUCCAUCAGUCCUAUCAGAUGUUCUUACAUCCUCUGUGCUCAAACACAAUCAGGUUGAGUAAGUUUUUAAUUAUAAUGAUUUAUACGCAAGACAGAAGACCAGUAGCCCACUUUGCGGGGUGGCUGUGAGUGAAUUGGCCGUUAAACAGCACUGCUAAGAUUCCUGUUUGGCUUGCUAUCAGUUUGAUUUCUCCAUUUGAUGGACAAAUCCUUUGAGUUGGCCCCCUUUUUAUUGGGAGGGCUCCCUAAAAUGAUGCUUCAGCUCCUGAUGUUCAAUGGAGUCCUGAGUGGUGGGAAAGCUAGUGCACCAAGAGAUGAGGUAUACCAGGUUCCAUGAUAGACAAUUCUGGGGCAAUCUGUGGGAUUGGUUUCUCUGGAAUUUCAGAGUCAAGAGUAUAUAAAACCACUAAGCGUUAUCUAUUGUGGCCCUGAAAUUUCACUGCUGCUAACUUGAGAGUUUACAGCACCAGAUUCAGGCUGUGGUCAGCUGCAAUCCAUCAGAAAGGCUAUAUUGUAUUAUUUUUACGAACUUGUUAGUCUAAUGCUGUACCAAGUUUAAAAUGAUGUCAUUUAAAAAUGUUCUCAUUAAGAUAUUGUAUCUAUAGUUUGGAAUGUACUGCCUUCUGGUUGAAUCCCUGGCAGAAUUUUCAAGCAUAGCUAAUCAUUUGGUGCAUCUUAUAUUUUUCCUAACUACUUCAAACUUUUUGUGAAGAAAUGUGGAUGAGUGUAUAUGCUGCAGAAGGCAGCCCAAAUGCUUUACUCUGCAGGUCAAUAAUAAUCGAGGACUAAUGUGGUUAUCUAUCAUCCAGGAAUAAACAAACAAUCUACAGGAAUGUGAGAUGUUCCUGUAUUGUACGUAUUUGAUUUUGGCUUUGAUAGCUCUAUGCUCUAAGCACCACCCCCCACCCAACCUGUAGCUUUAGCCAGUUCAGCAGCUCACAUGAUUGAAAUGUCUGCUGCUGCAGCAGCGAGCCAGCAGGCCAAAGUGCCUAGUUGUCUCUCUUCAGUAUAUGUCAGUUAAAGGACUCAAAGUAAUGUGCAGUGAACUCAAAAUAAUUCAAUGUACCAGUGAACGCUAAAUAAUGUACUGCUAUCUAACCUACUGACUUACUCUUGCUUCUGUAUAAUUUAAGUGACAAUAAAUUUGAGUAGUUUAGCCUGAA